AUGGAGCAAGAGUCUAUUACCAAGAGGCAUAAGCUGGGGGCGGUCUCGGGUGUCUACAUCCCGGUCUGCCUCAACAUUCUCAGCAUUCUCAUGUUCUUGAGAUUCGGCUUGAUUCUAGGACAAGUCGGACUGCUCGGGAUACUAGGUCUCAUGCUCAUUGCCUACACCGUCGACUUUGUCACGACUCUCUCACUCUCCGCCAUUGCCUCAAAUGGAGAAGUUAAAGGCGGCGGCGCCUACUACCUUAUAUCGAGGUCCCUCGGUCCAGAGUUUGGAGGGUCCAUUGGCAUUCUGUUCUACCUUGCGCAGGUCCUCAACACGGCACUCAACGUCGUGGGGUUGAUCGACUGCAUCAAACUCAACCUCGGCGACUCUAUGCCUGUGGGAUACUGGUGGGACUAUCUGUUCGGGACCAUGGCUCUGAUUGUCUGCACUGGGCUCUGCCUCGCUGGGAGUGCCAUCUUCUCGAAGGCAAGCAACGCUUUGUUGGUUGUCCUAGCCUUCUCCAUAUUCAGCAUCCCGCUCUCUGCGCUGGCGAAGCCCGCGUUCAGCGAUCCGGACCGAGGCAUCGAGUUUACCGGGGCCAGUCUCGCCACUCUGCGGUCCAACCUGCUCCCACACACCUCCGGGACCGAGUUUAAAGGGUUCGAGACGUUCCGGGAUCUCUUCGGCAUCCUGUUCCCGGCGACCUCGGGCAUCUUUGCGGGCGCGUCCAUGUCCGGAGACUUGCGAAACCCCAGCAAGGCCAUUCCGGUGGGCACGCUCUGGGCCAUGCUCUCCACGUUUAUCAUCUACCUGCUCGUCAUCCUUGCGCUGGCAUCGAGCACAACCCACGCCUCGUUCCUCUUGAACGCCAACAUCAUCCAAGAUACCAACAUCUGGCCCCCUAUUGUCUUCGCGGGCGAGCUGGCGACGACCUUUUUCUCUGCCCUGAUGGGCGUCAUCGGCUCGGCCAAGCUGAUGCAGGCUCUUGCGCGGGACAAACUCUUUCCCGGGUUGUCGUUACUCGGAAAGGGCACAAAAAAGGCGGAUGAACCCAUUUUGGCCAUCUUCCUUACGUAUUGCGCGGCUCAGCUUGCCAUGUUUGCUAACCUCAAUCAAAUCGCCACGCUCAUAUCCAUGGGCUACCAGAUGACCUUCUUCGUGAUGAACCUCGCGUGCUUCUUCCUCAAGAUCGGGUCGGCCCCCAACUUUCGACCAGGGUUCAAGUUCUUCAGCUGGCAGACUGCUUUCAUCGGCAGCGUCCUCUCCGCAGCAGCCAUGUUCUUCAUCGACGAGACAUAUGCCACGACGGCCGUUUGCCUCUUGGUGUUUCUCUUCCUCCUCAUCCACUACCUCAGCCCACCGAAACACUGGGGAGACGUGUCCCAAAACCUCAUCUACCACCAAGUGAGGAAGUAUCUGCUCCGGUUGAAGCCGGAACACAUCAAGUUCUGGCGGCCCCAGAUCAUCCUCCUCAUCAACAACCCAAGGCGACAAACCCGACUGAUCCAAUUCUGCAACUCGCUGAAGAAAGGAGCAUUAUACAUCCUAGGGCACGUCAUCGUGACCGACGACUUUGCAUCCGGCGUGACAGAGGCCAAGCUCCAACAAGCGGCGUGGACCAAGUACAUCUCUGAGUACUCCAGGAUCAAGGCGUUCGUCCAGUUAACCAUGUCCCCCACCAUCACAUGGGGGGUACGCAACCUGGUUCUCUCGGCCGGCCUAGGCGGCAUGCGACCCAACAUUGCCGUGAUGGGCUUCUACAACAUGGACGAUCUCCGACGCUCGCAACCAACCUCUCAAAUUCCCGACGCUCCCGUUUCUCCCGUCGCACCGCCCCUGCAAAGCGACUCGAAAACAACAACAACAACCGAGCCCAAAGUCCGACGACGGCGCAGAGGCGACACGUCCUCGCGGAUUCUCGAGGGGAUUUUGCCAACGGAUGCCAUCAAGAAUGAGGAGAUGAUGUCGGCGACGAGCUAUGUUACCAUUCUGGAGGACUUGGCGCUGCGGUAUCGGCUUAAUGUGGCGAUUGGGAAGGGGUUUGAGACGUUGGAGACACCGCGGCGCGACGGGAGUAAUACGAAGAAAUAUAUCGAUCUGUGGCCGAUUCAGAUGUCGGCGGCUAUUACGGCGGAUGGGAAUAAUGUUUUGACUACGAACUUUGAUACCUACACGUUAAUUUUGCAACUGGGGUACAUUCUACACACCGUCCCCGCGUGGAAGAAGGCGUUCGACCUGCGGGUGAUUGUGUUUGUCGAGUACGAGAGCGAAGUGGAGGAGGAACGUGGGCGAGUCAAGGCCCUGCUGGAGAAACUAAGGAUCGAUGCUCAGGUUCUGGUCUUCUGGCUUGCCUCGGGAAAGCUCUCAACCUACGAGACGAUCAUUCACGGCCACUACACGAACCCGGAGACGGAGAACCUCGUCAACGAGUGUCUGAAGAAAGAAGAGUGGUGGGAGGACCUGCAGGCCUACCGAGGCAGCCGUUCCAUGACCGAGGCCCAGGAAUUUGCGUCGAUCGCCCAGGUCAUGGGCUCUACGUCUGGCCGGCCGGGGUUGUAUAACCCGCACAGCGAGCCCAUAGACAGAAGACAAAGACGCCAUAGCCUAGCCCAGCUGGAACUCCCCAGGAAGCCGUCCAUGUCCCAGUUGGUGAAACUGGGCGUGAGCAUGGGAAUCCAUACGCAGAAUCUACCCACCAGUGUCUUCGACAGCAGCGACUCCGAUCUCGAUCCCGGCAGUGACUCGGACAGUGACUCGUCUGAGACGGGGGCGCAUUUUACCGACGCGGGCAAUAUCACAGGCGGCGAGGACGACGACGCGAGGAAACCGCUGUUGGCUGCGGUCCGCCGGCGACGGAGCUUUGCGGAUAUCUUUGCUUCUAGCGCAAAGAGCCCUCGAAAAGAGAAGAAAUCAAAACGAGCACAAUCACCCUUGCCACCGCCCUCGUCCUACGGCACCAUGGCCGGCACCAUGGCGGCCGACAACAAACGCACCACCACCACAACCCCCACGACGCCCGCGACCCCCAACGAAGCCGGGAUCCUCGAACCAGGCCCACGCAGCCGCAAAGGGUCCGCCUCAUCCCAAUUACCCCGGGGAAUCCUCAAGCCCGAACGGCCCCCCUUGUCACGACACAGUUCCUCAGCGCCUCGGUUCUCCAGCAACCUCGUCCCACAAACAACCAUCACCAACGAAGACGGCGCCGGGCCGAGAAUCAUGUUUGCCGAAUCGGACUCGCCCCGCGUGGAACGGCCGCCGUUGUCUAGGCAAUCAUCGUACGGCCGCAACACGGGGACGGGGACCAACACUGGGACAGGCACGGAAGCCAGUUCGGGCGCGGUGACGCCCACGCUGGAUAAGCGGGUGUCUUUUGCGGAGGUGGACACCCGUUCGCCGGCGCGGUCGAGACGGAGUUCGUUCUCCAAGGACGGUACUAGCGCUGGUGGUGGUGAUGUCUCGCUCAACAUCCCCGAACUCCUGGCUUCUUACCACCACUUCCCCGACGACGACAACAACAACAACAACAACGACCCAAACAGCGCAGCCACCUCCCCCAACCCCGGUCUCGGCCUCGGCCUCAAUCCUGGACUAGGAGCAGGAGGAGGCGCCGGAUCAAGCUACUCAACCCAAGGCCUCUCCCUCUCCUUCAACGACCUCCCCAGUCGAGCGCAGCAUCUCAUUCUGAACGAGCUCAUGCGGCAGGCGAGCGGUACCAUCGACAACAGCAGUGAGGGCAGUAACGGCGGGAGUGGGAAUGGGAGUGGUGAAAGUGCGAAUGGGAGUGGGAGUGGUGGGGGUAGUGAGACGGCAGUGAUGCUAACGACGCUGCCGAUUCCGCAGGAGAAUACGUGUCAGAGUGAGGAGGCGAGUUUGGCGUAUUUGUCGGAUGUGGAGGUGUUGUGUAAUAGUUUGCCGCCGAUUUUGUUGGUGUUGAGUAACCAUAUGACUGUGACGGUUAGUUUGUGA